AUGGCCACCGAGUCCUCGACCGUCUACAGCCUGUCCGACGACCCCGUCGAGGCCUAUCUGCACAAGUACCGUAUCACAAUCGCUGCCACCACCGCUGCCGUAUCAUGUGUCGUGGUUGGCUUUCCUUUCGACAGCGUCAAGACCCGGAUGCAGGCCUUCCGCUACAAGAGCAUGAAUGACUGUGUCGCCCACACUUACCGAACGGAGGGCGUUCUUGGAUUCUUCCGAGGCAUGGCACCGGUCCUCGUCACAGUCUCGGCGCUCCGGUCGCUAUCCUUCACCGUCUACACCUCAUCAAAAAUCUAUCUCAACGACAAGCUGGCGCCCUACGCCCUGCCUCCUUGGGCUAACCUGACCGCCUCCACCUUCCUCUCGGGUGCCUUUGUCGGCUCCGUUGUCGCCACCCUCAACUCGCCCAUCGAGUAUGUCAAACUGCAUGUACAGCUCGAGCGGCUGCUGGCCAACGAGACCAAAGGCGAAAUCUCGCGGUUCCCGGGGACGACCACGACCAACAUCGACACCCCGCUGGCCCGUUCAGAUCCGCCACCGCCCAAGCGUUCGUCGUGGGGAAUGGCCAAGCACAUUGUCAACAAGAAGGGUUUCUUUGGCCUCUAUGCCGGCUAUCGCCUUCACCUCACCCGUGACAUCCUCGGCACCUCGAUGUACUUUUGCGGCUACGAAAACAUCAAGCGUCUGUUCGAGCUCACCCUGGAGAGCGGCAAGUGCGGCCCCGUCCACCACAUGCUGGCUGGCGGCAUCGCCGGCACAAGUUCGUGGCUGAUCCUGUUCCCCAUCGAUCUGGUCAAGUCCAACGUCCAGAAGGAGGCCCUGAAAGACAAGCCGCGGUUCAGCACAACCGCCGAGUUUGUCCGGCUGAAAUGGGCCAAGGGCGACAUGUGGGGCUUCUACCGGGGCAUCGGUCCACAGCUCGUCCGGAGCUUCCCGAUCCAUGCGCUGAACUUUUUGGUCUACGAGCAGGUGCUGGACUGGUGUACCAAGCGGGACAUUCUAUGA